GAAAGAUUUUUGACAUUACAUACAUUAGCCAUGAACAAGUUAAAACUUACGAAAUUCAAAUUUCAAAUGAAAAAGAAAAAUAGAAAUUAAAUUGUCAGUACACACGUUUGGAUGACGAGUAUACAUACGAUUGAGAUUUUAUUUGAUACGACUGUCAGAAAAGUGAAAGGUUUAGCGCUUAAAAACCAGAUUCAAUCCACCAUUUUCAACAUUUGAAAAUGCCUGUACCAAGUCAGGAAUAUGACAGUUGUUGUCCAUUCGUUUGAUUUGUUUUAUCCGUUGAUUUUGCCGUUUGGUUAAGGACUCUCCGUUUUGAAUUUUCCUCGGAGUUCAGUAUUUUUGUGAUUUUACUUUUUGGAUAUAUUUUUGAAUAAUGAGUAUACAUACAAUGAAAAUGGACUGUGCUAAUUAUUAUAAUAACCUAUGCAUAACUCGUGUGUAAUACAGAAUGAAUGCUGGCGUGGUCGUUAUAUUAAUAUUUAUUUGUGUUCACAAAAACGAAGCUCAGUGCCCGAGCGUUGCACGCUACAGAACUUUCGAUGGUUAUUGCAACAACUUAGUUCAUCCAACCUGGGGACAGGCAGGAACUUACCAGAGAAGAUUUCAAGACAGUAAUGGCCAUCCCUUGGUAGAUUAUGAAGACGGUGUUGACCUACCACGAGGCGGAAUGCCAAGUAGAUUACCAAGUCCUAGACUGGUCAGUAAUACCAUGAGUAAAGAAUCAGAUGGACCUGCCAAUCAAGCCGAUAGUUCAAGAUCUGGACAGUCAAUGGCGUUUGGUCAGUUAAUAGCUCAUGAUUUUAUCAAAACCAAAGUUAUUUCUGGUUUUGAUUGUUGUGAUGCCAGUAAUUCUAACUACAACGACACUGGAGUAUGUUUUAACUUUGAAAUUCCUACGAACGAUACUCGAUUUACACCCGGAUGCAAGAGUUUUAUCAGGGCACCAAAGGCAACAUCAGGUCCAAAUCUACCAGCAUACAGAGAAAAUUUAAACAUGAUCAGUUCGUACAUUGAUGCUGGAUUUCUGUAUGGUAGUUCGGAUGCCGAGGUAGAAGAUUUACGUGAAAAUGGAACAUAUCUGAUGAAAACAGGAACCAACAAUAAUAUACCAUUGAUGACUGGAGGUGGGUGUGUUCAAUUCCAUGGGCAAUGUCCACUAGCAGGAGAAAACAGAAUUGCAGAAGCUCCUAAUCUAGGACUUAACCAUUUGGUCUGGAUCAGGGAACACAAUCGUAUAGCCACAAUCCUAGAUAACAUUACAGAUGUCAACGCUACAAUAUCAUAUAUAGAAAAUGGAAAGUUCUACCAAGAGACGAGGAAAGACAUUAUUUUCCAAGAAACAAGGAGAAUCGUUAUAGCCAUGGUUCAACAUAUAACAUACAAUCAUUAUCUUCCUGCAAUCCUUGAUCAGGGUACAAUGUAUGCGUAUAAUCUCUACUCCAAAACAACAGGAUAUGAUCAGAUAUACGACUCGGAAACGGAUGUUUCUAUAAGAAACGCAUUCGGAACAGCCGCGUUUCGUUUCGGACAUUCGCAAAUUAUGAAUAGCCUGUCAUUCUUACAUGAUGAUUUCGUCACCUUGAACGUUAGUUCACUGAAAGACAAUUUUAAAGAUCCACAAAUUUAUCUGACAAAUAAUGGAGAAAAUAUUAAAAACUUCGCAAGAUGGUUGACCUUUCACCCUGCUGAUCUGAUCGAUACUUUUCUUGUAGACAGUGCACGUGAUAAUUUAUUUGUGCACCCCGAUCCCCCUGGAGAUGACCUGUUUGCCAUCAAUAUACAAAGGGGCAGAGAUCAGGGAACGCCUCCAUUUAAUAAGUGGCGGGAGUUUUGUGGAUUAAGUAACAUGACCUUCGAUGACUUUGGCAAUUAUAGUUCAAAAUUAGCCAGUGUAUAUGCAUCACCGGACGAUAUUGACUUAUUCAUUGGCGCCUUGUUAGAGAAGGGAAUAGACGGAAGUGUUGGUCCAACAUUCGCGUGUAUGAUUGGCAAACAAUUCCAACUAAUGAAGACAGGAGACAGGUACUGGUAUGAAAGACCAGAUUACAAUUUCGCAUUUACAGAAGCUCAAGUGAAUUCAAUCAAAAGAAGUGCUAGUCUUUCAAAAGUAUUUUGUGAAACCAUUGGUCUUCGCAAAAUACACGGAGAUGUCUUCCGAAAUCCAUCUGAUACAAGCAAGUUAGUAAACUGUACAGAUCUACCUGAUAUUGACUUCUCUCUUUGGAAGAUGGAUGUCUCGGGUUCAACAGAACGGAUUGGAUAUACAACAGGAAUCUCCCUAGCUGUUAUAUUCCAGUAUAUACUAGUCAGCCUAUAGACAUUGGAUCAAAUUUGUGAUAUUAUAAACGACGGGGAGAAAUUACAUACAAACACAUUCCAAUCUAUCCACUUUAAACAACAUGUAUGUCUCUCAAUGCUAAAGUCGUUCUAGGUGAAGGUAUCAUGAUAGUUUCAGUAAAGUAUGAGUUCUUUAAACAAAAUUUUGAAAAUAGUUAUAGAUUUAUUGAUAAAAUUGAACUCUCAUUGAGAAAUCCUUUAGUCUAAAUACUAUUCAUAAGAUUAGAUCAAUUAAUACAAAACGAACUAACGAUUGCUAUAAAAAUUGGAGUAACGAUGUUUAUUUUUGCUAGAUUCUAUUAAUUUAUUCAUUCUUAUAUUUAUAUAUUUUCUGUGAUAUAUUAUUUACAUGAACAUGUAAAAAUCAGAUCCGUCAAACCUAUGUUUCUAUUAAUUUAUUCAUUCUUAUAUUUAUAUAUUUUCUGUGAUAUAUUAUUUACAUGAACAUGUAAAAAUCAGAUCCGUCAAACCUAUGUUUCUAUUAAUUUAUUCAUUCUUAUAUUUACAUAUUUUCUAUGAUAUAUUAUUUACAUGAACAUGUAAAAAUCAGCUCCGUCAAACCUCCAUGUAUAAGAUAUUUACAUAUUGAAGCUAUUCAUUCUUUACCAUGUGAUAUUAAGACUUUUCUUUGGUUUAAUCUAUCAUCUGCCCUUUUCUAUUUGUACUAUAUGUCUUAUUUUAUAAACAUGACCAUGUGUAGAUCUGAUCCGUCCAAUGAACAGUUAUACCACAUCUUCUUAUAUCUGUAUAAGAUAUGUACAUAUCUAAGCUAUACAAUCUUAAACCUGUGAUAUUAAUAGACUUCUCUUUGGUUAAAUCUAUGAUCCGUCCUUUUCCUAUUACCUGCGAUAUUCAAAGGUCUUUUCGUAAUUUUUUUAUUUUUUACAUUACUUGUCCUUCGCCUGUCACAAUUUUUGUAUAUAAUAUCUUAUAUUUAGUUUUAGUCCUUACAAUGAAUAUCAAUGACGUUUAUUUGCGAUUCAUUAUUUAGAAGGUCAUUUAUUUUCUAAACGAAAUGUGUUUUUGAAAAUCUUCAAUCAGGGAUCUUGCUAGUGAUUUUUGAAAUAUGUUUUGUAUUUUUAUUUUUCAAACUAGUUUCUUAAAUAGUAAAAUUUGGAAGACACAAUUAAAAAAAUGUCCAUGGAAAAGUGAGACAAAAUUAAGAAAUAAUAAAGUGCCAUAUGAUUAGUGCUAUUCAUACAUAUUGAUAUUUUAUCGUAUGUUUUUAUAUGUUGUGAUGUUAUGCUAUUGUUUCAGAAAAAGGGAGAAGGUUUGGGCCCAUUAAAACGUUUAAUCCCGCUGCAAAUGUUUGCACCUGUCCUAAGUAAGGAAUCUGAUGUACAGUAGUUGUCGUUUGUUUAUGUAAUAUAUACGUGUUUCUCGUUUCUCGUUUUGUUUAUAUAGAUUAGACCGUUGGUUUUCCCGUUUGAAUGGUUUUACACUAGUUAUUGUGGGGCCCUUUAUAGCUUGUUUUUCGGUGUGAGCCAAGGCUCCGUGUUGAAGGCCGUACUUUAACCUAUAAUGGUUUAAUUUUUGAAUUGUUGUUUGGAUGGAGAGUUGUCUCAUUGGCACUCACACCACAUCUUCCUAUAUCU